AUGGUGGAAUCUGUAGUUCAUGUAGCUCCUUGCUCUCCCGCGGAGUACACCAAAGCGAUUUCCAAGCAAGGGAGACGGAGCUGGCAAGAGGCCUUCAAACUGCUCAGCCAGCUCCAAUGUAUUUCGUUGCAGGCCAACAUUAUCACCUACACUGCUGUGCUCGGUGCCUGUACACAUGCUGCAAAGUGGCAGCAUGCUGUGGGUGUCUUCGCUGCGGCCCAGGCUCAAUGCCUGCAGCCGAAUCUUGUGACCAUAAACUCAGGUAUCAGUGUUUGUGACAGGGCCGUAAGAUGGAAGCCGGCCAUGACCUUCUUGGCUGCAGCCCAGAGCAACUGCCAGGCAGAUGUUAUCACCUAUAGCUCUGCUGUGAGCUCCUUGCAACGCUGCCAAAUAUGGAGGGCCAGCUCUGUCCUCUUGCGUGAAGCCCUGUCGAAGUUUGUGGCUGACGUGGUCCUUUGCGGUUCGACCAUGAUUGAAAAGCAGUGGAGCUGUGCUCUGGCAAUUCUCCGGGACCGCUGGUUUGAAUGGGAGAUCCCGGUGCAGAGUGUGCCGCUCGGCUUGGAACAGCUGAACAAAUGGGAAGGGUUGGAUGAGCUUCCAACUUCGGGUCUAAGAGCAGACCCAAUUUCCUGCAAUGCCUUCCUGGCAGCGUGUGCAGAUUGCUCGGAAUGGACAGAUGUUAUCUCUCAAAACUGCAUCAUCAACGCAUGUGAUGCGGAGCAAUGGCCUCUGGCUGUGGGGCUACUGGCAAAGUUGCCACCAGGAGUUGCAGAUGCUUUGACGUACAGCUUCACCAUCCAUGCAUGUCAGAGCAGCAGUCGAUGGCGAAGUACACUUCUUAUACUGGACAUGGAAAAAGCGCAGCGCAGUCCCGGAUUGAUGACCUAUAACAGCUUCCUGGCAUGCUGCUCCGAUGCAGCCAGAUGGCAAGCAGCCAAUUCCUUCCUCAUGCAUUUGCCGUCAGCUCGCCUGAGAGCAGAUGUGAUCAGCUAUAAUUCCACCAUUAGUACCUUCGAGAGGGCUCUUGAGUGGCGGUGCUCCUUGCAAUUGUUGUCAGAGAUGUUUCUGAAGAGGCUGCAGCCGACUGUUAUCUCAUACAACUCUUCUGUAAGUGCCUGCGAAGGGCUGGGUGCGUGGAUGCAAGCUGUUCAACUACUGGUGAGCGCUAUAGACAUGCGAGUGCGAUUAGACGUAAUUACCUACAGCGCAGCCAUGAGUGCUUGUGCCACAGGCAAGAAGUGGCAAGAGGCAGUCCGCCUGUUCUCCCUUUGCGGUGUGCAUAUGCAGCCAGACACCAUUGCGUACAACGCCUGCCUGAGUGCUUGCGAGAAGGCUGGUCAGUGGUUGCCUGCGCUCGGUCUAUUGGACGAUUUGCGUUCUGGACGGGCUCAGAGCAGCAAUUCUGCCACGUCGGACAUAGUUUCAUACAACUCCACAAUCAGCGCCUGCUCUCAAGCUUCGGAGUGGGAACAAGCCCUGUUCCUCCUCUCGGACCUGGAUGCGCAAACUUUGCAGCCAAACUUGAUAACUUAUAAUUCGGUCUUUGCAGCCCUGGCGGCAGCUGCGACAGUGUCCGGUUUGCAUGCAGCGCAGGAAUCUAGCAAAGCGUUGUGGCAGCAGAUCACACAGCUCUUGCUUCAGAUUCACAGCCGGCGCAUAGAUGCCAACGUGCUCACGUGCAGUUCAGCUCUCACGGAUGGUGAAAUCCUGGCCAUCCUGCAGCAGAAAGAGGAAACUGUACUCUUGUGGCGGCAUGCCGAAAACAAGCUGGACAUGGUCGAGAUGAAUUCCAAGGACCCUUCGUGGCUCUCGUGGUCAAAAACUGGACCGCAGCUAGUUAUCGGAACUGCGCGAGGGAACCUCAUCAUCUACAACAAGAGGACCAUGAAGAAGCAGACGAUUAUGGGGAAGCAUUCAAAGAGAAUCAGCUGUGGCGGAUGGCAUUCCGACAACGUCUUCGCUACCGGCUCGGAGGACAAAACUGUCUGCCUGAGCAACGAAGAGGGGGAUGCCCUGGAAAGUGGCGGAGAUUCUGAGCCCCUGCGGCUGAAAAAUGACCCCAGCAUGCUCCAAAUUGCAGACGUGAAGUCCGAAGACCCCAAAGAUACUGAACGCGAACGAGUGGUCAGCAUCGUUCUGGGGGAGGUGACUUUGCUGCUGUGCAACUUAAAAGAACCUCAGAAGCCAACAGAGCUGGCCUUCCAACCGAAGUAUGGCACAAUCAAAGCCUACUCCUGGAUUGGAGAUGGCUACCUCGUGGUUGGCUUCUCACAGGGAUACAUAGCCUGGUGCCCAGAUCUAACUGGAGGUUGUUAUCAGCUCGAGGCUUCGGGAAAUCUCCGAGGCCUGGUGACCGGUGAAGCUAGAGCUCUCCUCGGUGAAAUAUCACCGGAACACUCUCGACUGCCUUUGUUGCAGCAAGGCUGGCUUGUAAUCUUCUGCGGUCGCUCAACUGUGCUUCCGCUCGACGCUGCGCCAAUCAACCGCUUGCUAAAGGCUGCUGGCAAGAUUGCCUCCGCAGGGGACGAUGGCAUAAAGCUCAUCAGCAUGAAGGACUGGACAGAGAUUCGAGGGGAAAAAAUUCAGAUACGCCCUGAGGCGAAGGUGACGCAAAUGCACUGGUCUGAAGACGGAGAGCUGCUGUCAUUCUGUACAGAAACUGGCUGGGUGUACUGCUUCCUGGCUAAGUUGACAGCGCUUUCGGCCACCUGUAAUACGCGGCUGGCUUAUUUGACCUCCUUGCGAGAGAUGACAAUCAUUGAAGGGACGGUGGACGCCGACAACAAGGUGGUGCUCCAAACUGAUGUGGAGCCUGCUUUUGUGGCCCUUGGCCCCUCGCACUUAGCGACCGGAAUGAACAAUCGGAUUUGGUUCUAUUCCUGUACGGACCAAGCGUCGGUUGAGAAGGUCAAUGAGCAGGAGUACAUCGGCAGCGUGGAGAGCGUGAGCUUGAACGCCACCCAUGCUUGCGUCUUGAUCGACGGCCGUGUGUACCUGCACCAAAUUGAGCCUCGAAGCGGUGACGGGAAGACGACAAUCUUUCCCAGAAAGGAGGAUGACCGUAGCAUCACCUGUGCUUCCAUUGUGGGCAACUUUCUGAUCUACGCGCACUCCAAUGGGCGCUUACAGUAUUACUCCUUGGUGGACGGCCAGGAGGUUAAUGAGUAUAAGCACUCGAACGGGAUUCGAAAGUGCUAUCCGAAUCACGAAGGGACUCGGGUCGCACUCAUCGACAACUCCGGCAAUGCGUGGCUGUACAAUCCGGUCAACGAUGAUUGUAUUCCAAUUGCAGACUUCCCAAACACGGCUGACCGCAUCCUGUGGGACAGUUCGGACUCCACGGUCUUCGUCGCUUGCGACCAGCUCAACUUGUACACAUUUGUCUACAGCCAGGUGGAG